GAUUCAACAUUUAAAUUUAACUAAAAGUUUGUGCAUUUUUAAUUGUAUGGGAACCCAAACAUUUCAGUAGAAUCAGUAGAAACGUUAUCGAACAUUUAUUUCGAAAAAAUAAUGUGUUUCAUUGCAAAGACGAAUCAAAUGAGGUGUUUGAUUUGCUAAUCGGCAUGCUUAACGAGUUGAAGAUUAAUUAAAAAAAAAGAGAUAUGAACUGGAUGAUUUUAGCAACAUUUAGAAAACCAGUGCAAUCUACAUGAAAGAUAAUUUUUGGCGAGAUAUACGCAGAUUGCAUUCGUUCCAACACUUCUCAUGCACAAAGAUGUGAACUAAUUUAAUAUGCGAAGUGUGGCUUUUUUUUCGUGGUCAAUGAAUGAAACUUCAAAGAAAAUUUAUUCUUUAUAAAUGAGCCAAAAGCUGGAAUGGAAAUUAAUCCGUACACCAAACGUGAUGCAACGACACACGACUUAGCCAGUGAUCAGUGAAAUGUAGUGAGAAGAAGAAGAAGAACUUCGAAAGACAGAAAAAUAGAAAAAAAAGAAAAAUUAAUUCCCAAUACGUGAAAAUAAAGAAAUCGAAAGGGAAAAUUUCGAGAGCAAAAGACAGUGGAGAAAAAAUUUGAAGAAAUUUCGGGAAAAAAAGAGAAAGGCAAAAGGAACAAAAUUCAACAGCUUGCAUACUAAACAGAUAUAUAUAUAUAUAUAGAAAAAAACGUGCAUCACCAAAAGAGAGUUGAUGUAGUAAGCAAUAGUGUUACGCCAUUUCAUUUGAAACACGCGCGUGCCAGAAUUGAUGCUUUAUUAAUACGUGACCAAGUGUUGAUUGCAAUCCAUAUCAACUCUUGAAUUGGUCCAGCGAUAUAUUCUCGCAGUCGCUUCAAUAUUUGUGUCUCUCUUGUGUCGUCGUCUCACAGUUGCUGCUCUUCUAAUGGGAUUACGAUUUUUGCGAGCCAAAUCUAGAUUAGGAUAUUCAAAGCAAUAUUCAUUAAUAUCGUGAAAUCGGUCGUAGCAUUUUGAUGUUGUUUCAACGCAGUGUUCCGAUAAUCUGACUACGAAAAAUAACCACCGACCAACCACGCUUAUGGGAACACCAUAUGGACAUCUAUGAGUUGCUAAUAAAAAGAAAUCAACGUAAUCUGGCUAAUCGUUGAUAUAUUGAUAUCGGUGCAUCUCGUAAAUUGAAGUGAAGUAGAUACAAAAAAUAUUCAACAUUUAAAUUACAAUUAUAUUACAAUGAACAUGAUGAAUUUGGUUCAGUUUGUUUUCCUGUUCACUGCCAUACACGCCGUUGGUUUGAAUGCACUGGCCAAUUGUCCGGCCAGUUGUAAAUGUGAUGAGCAAAAUUUGGAAGUGAAUUGCGGCGAAGGUCAACUGGACGUUCUUCCGAUUGCAUUAAAUCCAUCGAUAAAACGAUUAAUUAUCCAACGGAAUAAAAUCAAAACAAUUGACUCAUCGGUGCAAUUUUACUCGGAAUUGGUAUAUUUAGACUUGAGCUAUAAUCAUUUAUACAAUAUUCCGGCCCGAACAUUCCAGUAUCAGAAAAAAUUGAACGAUCUUCAUUUGAAUCAUAAUAAAAUUGGUUCGAUAACCAAUGAAACAUUUAUCGGUUUGACGUCAUUAGUAUUAUUGAAUUUGGGCGAUAAUUUUUUGGAUGAAUUAGGUGCAAAUGUGUUUUCAACAUUGCCAAAACUUCAGGAGUUGAAUCUUAGUAAAAAUCGCAUAAACCGUGUGGAUGCAACAACAUUCAAUGGCUUAUUAAGCUUACGAACAUUAUAUUUGAAUGACAAUUCGUUAUCAAUUGUACCAAGUGAAUCAUUUGUACCGCUUGUUAGCCUUGCUGAAUUGUAUUUGGGCAUAAAUGUAUUCACAACAAUUGAAAAUGGUGCAUUUGAACGGUUAAAUGGGCUCACCUCACUUGAUUUGAAAGGUGCUGGUUUGACAAACAUAUCGAUCAAUACAUUCCGUGGUCUCGAAUUUAAUCUUCGUAAAUUGGACAUAUCCGAUAACCGGUUAACUGAAGUACCAACCACGGCAUUGAGUCAUUUGAAUCGUCUCGAAGAAUUGAUGCUUGGACAGAAUAAUUUUGAAACCAUACCGUCACGAGCCUUUGCUGGCUUCACAAAUCUACGGCAUUUAGACAUAAGUGGUUCACUUAAAUUGCAAAAAAUCGAAAACAAUGCAUUCGCUGAAACAACAAACUUGGAAACAUUAUCGAUUGCAUCGAAUAAAGCAUUAACCGAUAUUGAAGCGGGUGCGUUUAGUGGUCUUUUACAUUUGAAAACAAUAAAACUACAUGAUAAUGCGCUCACCGUUAUACCAGAGAAUUUACUGAAAUGGGAUGAGCUAAAUUCAUUUGAUAUUUCGGAAAAUCCAAUAUUGUGCGAUUGCAAUAUUUUAUGGAUGCAACAAAUUCUAAAUGCACAAAAUUCUAGUCAAAUAUCGAUCGAUAAUGUAUUGUGCAGUGCACCAGAGAAUGUACGCGAUCAACAGUUACGGACAUUGUCGCCAAGCGUCAUCGGUUGCAGUAAUGAUGACACAAAAAAACAAGCAAUGCUAGGCAUUUUGAUGGUUACAUCAGUGGCAAUAAUUAUUAUUCUUUUGUUGCUUUUAUUUCGAUGUCGACGUCGUUUGCGUGAAUUGUUCAAAGGUCGAUGGAGCGAUUCAACAAUCGGCACCAAAGAACGUGAAUAUCAAAAAACAUUUUCGGAUGAAGAUUAUACGCAUACUACACGUCAUCUAUCACAUGCACAUGCACCGUGCACAUUGAGUUUGCAUCAACCAAAAUUCUCACAACAAUACCAUCAACCAUCUGGUAUACGUCCAAUACCAGUUACGGAACUCUAGCUAGACGCUUCUCCACCUCUCUGCAGGGAACUAGAGAGAGGUGGAAUAUCGUAUAAUCACGAUUUCAAAGAUGUUGAUAUGUGUUCGAGUCGAUCAGCCGUAUUCAUUCAAUUGAAUCAAAAUCAUUUAAUACAAAAUAAUAUGAUCAUGACGAAAAACUAUAAUACAUCGCCACUAUCUCCGAACGUUUCAAAUGCAACCCCAAACACAAAAUUAUAUAAGAGUGAUGAUAUUCCAUUAAGUAUUUCGGCAUCGUUGCAAUCAUCAAUGCCGCGAACACGUGUUAAAAAGAACAAUCACAGCAACGGUGCUAGGGAGAAGGACAUCAUGAAUACGGAACAACAUCAAGAUAGCAAUGAUAGCAACGACGAUGAAAUUGACUAUACACAUAAUAAACGCAAUAAUGUUUACUAUUCAACAAUGAACGAAAGAAAAACUACUGGACAUUUACAUCGCAACAUAAAUAAUAAUAGUUCGACAAAUAUUUCAUCGACGAAUCGUUACCGUUGGCACAAUCAAUCCGAUGAAAUUGCAUUGCAUUCGUUGCGAAACAAUAGAACGAAUGUUACGGCCACCAAUAUCAAAACUGAAGCGAUGACAAUGCAUUCCAAUCACCGUUCGCAUCCCACGAACCGCAAGCAACAUCAUCUGAAUCAAAUUAACAACAAUUUCAUCAUUUCAAAUAAAAAGCAAUCGAUUCAUAACACGAAUGACGAUCAACAUUCCAUUGACCAAAAUAACGGAAAUCAUUAUCCGUCUAGACUUUAUCACUGAAUCGCGUGAAUUCUUCUCGGAUGAAAUUUUUCGCUUUGGAAACGAGCCACCGAGCGCAGCUCACCGUGUGUAUUAUGUAAUUGUGUGAGUGUUUAUGAAUCAGAAUAGUCAUUUAAACAAUUUUUAGGUCUUUUAUUUGAUAUACAUACUACCUUUACCAACCUUUACCUAUUACCUUGAUAUACUUUGAAAAGCAAAUCAAAUUGAAAAUACUUUGAAAGCAAACACAAGCAAAAAAAAUAUAUUGAUCGCCGAAUUAUGCGGCAUUGUUUUUUUUUUU